UUUACCCAAUUAAAAGAGUACCGAGUUAUUUUGCUUGGAUUCAAUUAACGCAACUUCCUUUCCAAGUUGUUGCUGUGGUGGUGUUCAGAUAUCCAAAUCUAAUGAUGUGUUCAGUUACAGCUGAGAGUGUUUGGCUCCAACAGCCCAGAUAUGAAGCAGCUGAAGCAGACUUCCAAUGUUAUUUAAACAAAUCUAGAACUCCAACCACCCAGGACAACACAAGUUGCAGUGCUUUAGUUACCGACAUACAACAGAUACGGCAGCAAAUCCAAACUGCUAUGAACAACACACUGCUCAGGGAGAAGGGAGAAGAGAAAGCAGGUGCGCAAACAGUUGGUCUUGAACAACGAGUCAGUCUAUUAGAAAAAGAAAAUAGGGAAUUAAAAAAAGCUGUUGAAGAACUAAAAAAAAUGACCAGUGCCUUAAAUCUUCAAUUAAAAUCUGGAACUAAAGCUAAUGUUGAAGUUGACAAAAACAGCAAUAACAUUGUAACCAAGAUGGAUGUAGAAGAAACCAAAGAUGCAGAAUCUUCAGAAGAGGAUGAUGAUGAUGUCAAUCUUUUUGGCUCUGAUGAAGAAGAGGAUGAAGCAAAAGUCAGAGAAAGAGAAGAAAGAAUUAAAGCAUACCAAUUGAAAAAAUCUAAAAAACCUGCAUUGAUUGCCAAAUCUUCAGUUACUCUUGAUGUCAAACCAUGGGACGAUGAGACAGACAUGAAGAAGAUGGAAGAAUGUGUUCGUACAAUACAAAUGGAUGGUUUGCUAUGGGGAGCUUCCAAGUUAGCACCUCUUGCUUAUGGAAUAAAAAAACUGAUAAUCUUGUGUGUUGUGGAAGAUGAAAAAGUCAGUGUUGAUGACUUGCAAGAAAAAAUUUGUGAAUUUGAAGAUUAUGUUCAAAGUGUGGAUAUUGCAGCUUUCAAUAAAAUCUGAGGCGGAGUUCAAGACACAUGUUAUUUAAAGAGCUCAUAAAAUAAAGUUCUUCAAAAUAA